GGCACGGUGUACGAUGAUGUGCGUUUGAGCCGAUGAAGCUCGGCUCGGGAUUUAUUCCGGAGCUGGCGACUCACUUAGCUGCGUUACUGCCGGCACUGAGGAGGAGGAGGAGAUGGGGAAUUCUCUGGGCUGCGUUAAAGAGCCGAAGGAAAAAGCUGUGGGAAAGGCACCCCUGUCUCCCAAAAAAAGGGUCCGCUUUAAACGGAGGCGGAGGGGGAAGAGGAGAGAGAUGCCGGAGGCAGCCCCGCAGGAGGAGCCCCCAGCCCUGGAGAUGGCUGAGGAUGAGGAAGCACCGAAGUCGAAGGCAGCCCCCCGGCAGGAGGGAGGAGAGGAGCCCCCCAGAAGCUGGCAGCACGGCGGGGACACCAACCCGGUGGCCCUGCACCCCGGGCUCAUCGUGCAGGUGAAGGAGCGGUUUCAGGGGGAGGUGCAGAAAGCUCGCCUGGUGCUGGAGCCGCAGCGGCCGGGUGCGGCGGGAGCUUCCCUGGAGGAAGGCACCACCGUCAUCGCCCGCUUGCUGGAGAACCCGGCCGAGAAGGACUGCGAGAGGGCAGUGAGCCGGCUGGUCGAGCUGCAGAGGAGCGGUGCAGGCAGCCGCCGGGCUGUGCUGCUGCCCCUGCCUGGGGGGGACCGGUGGCCGCGUGGAGGGGCUCCUCUCCCCGGUGAGCACCGUGUCCGGCGAGGAACCAGCGAAGAGCCGGGAGAAAGGAGGCAGCAAUGAUCCCAGCUCCAGCGCCCCGUGGACCUGCUCCUCCGCAGCAGAGCCGGGUACCGUUUCGGAGCUGUCUACGCCGUCCCCCAUGGUGGAUCAGCUGGAAAACCCCGGUGUGGGGAGAACCUCA